GGAGGCUGGGCGGCACAGGGUGAGGAGCGCGCGGCAGGCCGUCCGCAGGCCCAGGGGCACCGCGGGGUGACUGUGCCCGCGUCCAUGGGGACUGCUGCAGGAGCAGAGGCGGCCAAGCAUAAACUGGGGCUAGGAAGGACCUUCAGGUAGUGGGCGUGACCUCCGCGUUUCCGGAGCCGGGCUCUGCUCUGCGUACGCCCACCCUGGGCGCAGACCGCCACGCCAGCAGGCGAUGCGCACCCCCGGCCGCCCUGGACACUGAGCUAAGCCCACCUCGCCGCGCAGUCCCCACGCCCUCGCGGCCGCGUAUGGCCCUUUCGGGCGCCCAGGGUGCGACCCAGACGCCGGGAUCCCCGGCCUGGGUCGUCCCCGCCAGCCCCGAGUCCUCGUCGUCCGCCUCGUUGGGCGGCGCGAGCCUGGCGGGCACCGGGCUGUGGGCCGCACUCUACGACUACGAGGCGCGCGGCGAGGACGAGCUGAACCUGCGGCGCGGCCAGCUGGUGGAGGUGCUGUCGCAGGACGCCGCCGUGUCGGGCGACGAGGGCUGGUGGGCCGGCCAGGUGCAGCGGCGCCUGGGCAUCUUCCCCGCCAACUACGUGGCGCCGUGCGACCAGGUCGCCAGUCCCCCGCCGCUCUCCGCGCCGCCGCCGCGGAGACCCGGCUCGCCCGUGCAGGUCGACUUCGAGCGGCUGGAACUCAAGGAGCUCAUUGGCGCCGGCGGCUUCGGGCAGGUGUACCACGCCACCUGGCAGGGCCAGGAGGUGGCGGUGAAGGCGGCGCGCCGCGACCCGGAGCAGGACGCGGCUGCGGCGGCCGAGAGCGUGCGGCGCGAGGCGCGGCUCUUCGCCAUGCUGCGGCACCCCAACAUCCUCGAGCUGCGCGGCGUGUGCCUGCGGCAGCCGCACCUCUGCCUGGUGCUGGAGUUCGCGCGCGGAGGAGCGCUCAACCGCGCGCUGGCCUGUGCCGCCGCCGCGCCCGACCCGCGCACGCGGGCUCCGCGUCGCGCGCGCCGCAUUCCCCCGCACGUGUUGGUCAACUGGGCUGUGCAGAUCGCGCGCGGCAUGCUCUACCUGCACGAGGAGGCCAUCGUGCCCAUCCUGCAUCGGGACCUCAAGUCCAGCAACAUCUUGCUGCUGGAGGAGAUCAAGCACAACGACGUCCACAACAAGACGCUAAAGAUCACGGACUUCGGGCUGGCCAGGGAGUGGCACCGGACCACCAGGAUGAGCGCGGCCGGCACCUACGCCUGGAUGGCCCCCGAGGUCAUCAGGUCCUCGCUGUUCUCCAAGGGCAGUGACAUCUGGAGCUACGGCGUGCUGCUGUGGGAGCUGCUCACAGGCGAGCUGCCCUACCGUGGCAUCGACGGGCUUGCCGUGGCCUAUGGCGUGGCCGUCAACAAGCUCACUCUGCCCAUCCCGUCCACCUGUCCCGAGCUGUUUGCCAAGCUCAUGAAAGCGUGCUGGGAGCGAGACCCUCACGUCCGCCCGUCCUUCGCCCUGAUCCUCCAGCAGUUGACUGCCCUGGAAGAGGCUGUGCUGACCGAAAUGCCCCAGGAUUCUUUUCAUUCCAUGCAAGAUGACUGGAAACUGGAAAUUCAGCACAUGUUUGAUGAGCUGAGAACCAAGGAGAAGGAGCUGCGGUCCCGGGAAGAGGAGCUGAUGCGGGCCGCCCUGCAGCAGAAGACUCAGGAAGCUCUGCUCCGGCGCCGGGAGCAGCAGCUGGCAGCGCGUGAGAUCGCCGUGCUGGAGCGUGAGCUGAACCUCUUGAUAUUCCAGCUGAACCAGGAGAAGCCAGACGUGAGGAGGAGGAAGGGCAAGUUCAGGAGAAGCCGCUUGAAGCUCAAAGACGGACAUCGCAUCAGUCUCCCCUCAGAUUUCCAGCACAAGAUCAUGGUGCAGGCCUCGCCCGGCGUGGAGAAGCGCAGGAGUCCAGACGGCAGGAGCUGCAGCCCGCCCCGCAGCCCCACCAUGCUGCCCCGGCUGCAGGCCAUCCAGCUGACCGCAGAGGAAAGCAGUAAGACAUGGGUGCGGAAAGCAGCCUCUCAGCAGGAGGAACCCGAAGGUGUCAGGAGGAACUUGAAGAAGAAAGGUCGUACGUGGGGACCGAACUCGGCUCAGCUUCAAGACAGAGCCGACGUCAGAGAGAGGGUCAGGCCUCUCUCGGAUGGCAACAGUCCUUGGUCCUCUCUCUUAAUAAAAAGUCAGAAAACGACCCCCUUGGCUUCGUUGUUUGGGGACCGGCCAGCAGGUGCUCCCGGGGCCCCUGAACCGCCACCUCCGGCCUCCCCUGGCCUUCCCUGCGGCUUACCAAGCAAUGUCCCUCCUCCGCAGCACCCAGCCGUCAUGGUCAUGCCUCGGCCACCCCCUGCUUCCUCACGCCGGUCAGACGUGCCACGGGCUGCUCCACAGAGGACAGGAUCCCCGCCUGCACGGGUGACCAAUGGUGGCCACUCAGGACCAGGCCCCGCCUGCCUCCUGGGUGCCCAGGACAGAACUUGGUUCCAGGUGCCAUCCUGGCUGGACGCUGAUGCGGAAGGACAGAGCAGGGACUGCGCGGUGCCCCCGUGCAGGAUGCAGAGCGUGGCUCGCUCACCGACCAUCCGCCGCUUGGAGAAGAAGUUUCUGACUUGAGGCCUUUGCUGUUCAGCAUUGCUUUGCUGAGCACACAGUGACACAGUCUGCUGUGUGUCCUGCUGCUGUCCCCGAAGCCCUGGCCCGGGACUCGGUCACGGGUGCUAAUCCAGAGGGCCCUCAGUGCCUGUGGCGUCCGCAUCACGGCCCUGGAGUCUCUCCCCGUAGCUGACAUGCGCAGAGCCCAUGUGAAGCAGGAAGUGUGCACCAGGGUGACCCGAGCAGGGCCUCCGUCCUGUCCACCGGCACCUUCCCACGAGCUCCCCGCCGUGGUCGCUGCCCUUGCCCUGGCUGCCUUUGCUUUAUGCUGACCUUUUCCCCUUUCAUCUGUGUGACAGCUGUGAGUUUCCUGGUGACAGUAAUGUGACUUUAGGAAGUAAAGGUACCUCUUUAUGGAGAAGGUGUCUGUCGAUUGGAAAGACGCCGUCCCGCCAGGCUCGGGUCUCUGCUGCGGGUCCACGCUGCCUGCGUGGCAGUGCUCACCUCAGGCGGGCCGCGGCCUUGCUCCCUGAGGAGGUGUCGCCGAGCGCGACUCCGGAACGCCUUCUCCAUGAGAGCCCUGAACGGCGGCGCUUGGGGGGUCAGCCACUGGCAUUCGGCUGGGUCGUGCCGGUGGCCGAGCGGGGCUGGCCCGGGGUCCAUCCUGUGACGGCCUCCUCCCUCUUCAGCAGCUGGUGGCUGGGUGUCCAGGAGCAGACUGCUUUCUGCUUCUCCAGCACACAUGCCACACGCCAGCGCCCGCGGUGGCAGCUGCUGCGACCCUCGUGUCCAGACCCUCCUGGUGCCGGGUUGGCACACGCAGGUGUCCUGAUCCAAGCACACGCAACCGCUCCGCCGAGAAGGGCGGUGCUGCUGGAAUUGAAGCCCCGUGGCACGCUCCACUGCCGAUUAGGUGUGCGAUCCUGCCGCCAUGAAGGGGCCGCUGUCGGGCGGAGUGGCUCCGCGGGAGCCCAGUGGGCUCGCCUGGGUGCCCGCGGUUCCCCCGUCCCUGCAGUGUGUCAUUUAGGAGACAGGCCCAUCCAAAGAACAACGGAAUUACAAACACCUUGGUCUUUCACUUGAAAUGGCGCCUCAGUCAAGGUUUUCUGCAGAACUAAGAUGUCGGAAGCGUAAAGAGGGUCAGGCCAGGUGUGGUGUUAGCCACCCAGCGGUUUGUCGCAGCCGGUGACCAGCAAGUGACCGGCCGCUCUCAGGACUGCACGAAGGUGCGUGUUGGAGGGAAACAGCUGUCCUCUGGGUUCUCGGUGCAGAAUCCGAGUCA